GCCGCCCCCGGGACGCGUCGCUAUGGCGACAGGACCGCCACCUUCCCGGCGGCCUCUGCGCAGUGACAUCACACCCGGAAGCGCCGCGAUGGCGGCGGCGGCAUUGGGGGGAUUGGCGGCGGCGCUGGAGACCUACCGGGGCCGGGACCGGCUGGUGCGCACGCUCUGCUAUGGCUGCCAGCUGGCCGGCGGGACGCUGGCCGGGCCGCAGACCCCACCGUCCGGGCUGCCCGGGGCCCUCCUGGCCGUGUCGGCCCAGCUGAGCGCCUGCCGCACCAUCCUUCGCCUCUUCGACGACGUCGCCAUGCUCAGCCACAGCUGCAGCUACGGGCUGGGCCCUGAGCUCCCUGCGAGUCUUGUUCCAGCUGCGAGGAAAGCUGAGGCAGCACAAGUGGGGAAGGAAACAGCGGCUGCAAGCAGUGCCUUGCCAAGCGUUCUCCUGCUCCAUGCUCCUCAUUUGAGGAGAAACAGGGGAACUUGGAACCUGCUGCGCCUGUCUGGAAUGCCACCGGGAGGAGCUCUUCCACCAGGCUCCCACAGGAGGCAGCGGCCUUGGGGUUUUUUUUUUGCAGACAGAGGCAGCAAAUGGAUUAAUCGCCUUCAAAUGGCCAAUCAGAGCCAGGCCGAGGCGGAUUUUACAGUGCUGUUUCUAGGUGGUGCCAACAAUAAACAAGACGAACGUUUCCAGCGUGCCCUUGAGUGAUCAUUACCGCUGAUAACCGGGCAAAUGUUCUUUGUCCGGUUCUAGAACAGUGCCGAAGUGAGAGAAAACGUUUGUGCUGUGUUAGCUGCAGCUCCCGCCUGUCACCAGCCUCCUCCUGCCCAAAUAACUCGCAGCACCUGACUGACGGUCAUGGAAAUGCAGCUUUUGAAACAGUUCUGCUUACUCUGCGCCAUGCCUGCGCUCCCGGCGUCACAGCGCGGCACUGACCGCGCUCCCGGGAGGUUCAGCCUCUUCUUUUGUUGUUGUUUUUGGCACAGAACUAGGAAACCAUCUCCUGCUGCGUUCAAAGAGCAGAACGAGGGCUUUAAUCUCGUUAUCGUUUGCCCCGUCCUUGCUGUUUGCCUGGACCUUCACCCCACAGAAGGGUCACCGAGGCCGCCUUCUGAUUGCACUCAGAAUUUGCUGUUAGAUUUGCAGGUUUUGGUACAAUCAUUGCACUCAGAAUUUGCUGUCAGAUUUGCAGGUUUUGGUACAAUCUGCUGUGUGGGCAGGUGUUACCUGGAAGAGACUUAUUUUGUCUGUAGUUGCUCUGCCGGUUGGGUGCUGGAGCACCGGGAGCAUCCAGCUCCUGCUGGUGGCUGCUGCCCGCUGUGCCAGCUCCUGCUGCAAUUCAGAGGUUUAAUGAGAAAGGAGAUUCUGUCUUUGCGUUGUUAACCUGUUCCUACAAACGCUUUUUCCU